UCUUCUUGUUUGUAUUUCAUCUCAAACAUAAAAACAACAGCUCCUUGAUAUAUUAUCUGUCACCACCGGAAAAUCACAUCGAAUGGCCGGAAUAGUGGUGAUAUUCGACUUCGAUAAGACCAUCAUCGACAUUGACAGUGACAACUGGGUCAUCGAUGGAUUGGGUGUCACCGACAUGUUCGACCAGCUUCUCACCACCAUGCCUUGGAACUCUGCCAUGGACGUUAUCAUGAAGGAGCUUCAUGCGCAAGGAAAGACUAUUGAAGACAUUGCGGGGGUACUUAAACGGGUUCCAAUUCAUCCCCGUGUUGUUCCAGCUAUUAAAGCAGCUCAUUCCUUGGGGUGUGAGUUGAGGAUAGUGAGCGAUGCGAAUUUGUUCUACAUUGAGACGAUUCUGAAGCAUCUGGAAAUUAGCGAAUAUUUCACGGAAAUCAACACCAAUCCGGGGUUUGUGGACGAGGAAGGGAAGCUAAGAAUCUUGCCUUACGUCGAUUUUCAUAGUUCUCCGCAUGGCUGCAAGAAUGUCUGUCCUCCUAACAUGUGCAAGGGUCUUAUCAUAGAAAGGAUUCAAGCUUCUCUAGAGAAGAACGAGAAGAUCAUCUAUCUGGGAGACGGUGCUGGUGAUUUUUGCCCCAUGCUGAAGCUAAACGAAGGAAAUUACGCGAUGCCAAGGAAAGAUUUCCCGGUUUGGAAAUUAAUCUCCGAACAACCUGACCUUGUCAAGGCAAAAAUACAUGAAUGGAGUGACGGGGAGGAACUGGAGCGAGUUUUGUUGGGACUGAUUGCGGAAAGUUCACAAGAGGACAAGACUGUUAUUGAUUCGGCUCCGUUGUUUUCAGCUGAUUGCAAGUUCCAGACAAUUGCAAUGCACAGUCAUGAAGCUAUGCCACAAGCUCUCUCGGUCCCUCAAUAGGGAGUUUGGGAAUCUGUGAUGUUAGUUUGAUUGCUGGGUAAUUCUUGAAAGCCCGGCUCAAAUAAUUACUUGUCUUGUUUUCGUUGUGUGUUGUUUCACCCUAUUUGGCAGUUGCACUCGGAGCUUGCUUCUAAGUUCUAACUUGAAGAUAUCAAUAACAAUAAGAUUUUCACAAUAA